AUGAGUUUUUUUGAAUCAAAGCACUCUCCAGAGUUCACAGAUCUGGAUGAUCAUGAAAGACUACUUGAAAUUGAUGAGUCAUCAUAUGGAAACUUUGAUGUUGCUUCUACAAAGGCUAUAGAGCCCUUCAGCCUUUUAAAAUCAUGGCGCUUGAUUUUGGCUUUCAUCUGUGCCACGUAUAUAGUCGUGUCUGCCCCUUUACUCAUAAUUUUGAGUCAUAGAAGUAUUCCGCUACUACCAUACUCGCCAGUCAACGAAGUCCUUUCAUAUGAACGACAUCCUUUGUACUUUGGUGAAGACCCCAAAUUCACAGGAGCCCCCGAAGAUGUGGAUGAAGCAUGGGACUAUCUUCUAGAGCCUAUCAACAUUCAUACUUCGAGGGAGGAAUUAGAGAUGGCCCACGCAACUUUCGGCCAAGAUAUUGUACGAUUAACAAACGGGGAAUACGUUUCAGUUCUAUCGGUACAUCACGAACUGCAUUGUCUAAACGCGCUACGCAUGAACAUAUUCCAUGACUAUUACUUCCCAAACGCUACAGUCGAGGAGGAAGAUUAUAAUAUCUCACACAUGACUCAUUGUGUCGAUACCAUCCGUCGUAGCCUGAUGUGCAAAGCUGAUGUGAGCCUUUACACGGCAUACUGGAUUGGAGAUCAUAAUGCUUUGCCCAAUAAAGAACUUCGGUCAGAAUCAGAAACAGUGUGUGUAAACUGGGAACCAAUUAAUGCAUGGUCAAGAGAGAGAUUGCUUCCGAGAAACAAAUACAAAACUAGACCGGGGCCGUUUGAGACGGAUCCCUUGGGAGCGUAG